CAGCGCUUAUCACCGCAGUCCGCGCUCUACCGCCGGAACAACCGCGCUGUGCCUCAUGUAUCUACAUAACGUUAUAAAGUUCACAUAAAGUGACAUUAAAUAAUGUGAUAUUACUAUAAGAAAACCCUGUGAUAUUGCUUUAAUUUUUAACUUUAUAAAAGUGAAUGUUCAGUCAUAAAAUGGCUAAGGAGGCAAACGACACCACGCCAUUUGUUUACAAUGGCACAACCACGCCCGUUAUCUCCAAAACCCCGUUACCUCAGAAGCCCAACAACAGCAAAGCUGGUAGGGGCAAAGCCCUUAGACAAAUCCUAGCGUCUUUAGUGGCGAAUUUGGGAACUAUCAAUACUGGCAUGGCAUUUGGGUUCUCCGCUACGGUGCUGCCGCAGUUAAAGAGCAAUGAAUCUAGUAUACAUAUCACAGAAACUGAAGCCAGUUGGAUUGCCAGUCUCAGCGCGGCCGGCACGCCUGUGGGCUGCCUUCUCAGCGGCUACCUUAUGGAUGUGAUCGGCCGCCGCCUGACGCUCUUGAUCACAGAAGUGCCGCUGAUCCUCGGGUGGCUGCUCAUCGCUUUUGCUUGCAAUAUCCCCAUGAUCUAUGUCGGUAGACUGAUGAUAGGACUCGGGUCCGGAAUGGUGGGUGCUCCGGCCCGCGUUUACACUUGCGAAGUAUCCCAACCGCAUCUACGAGGCAUGCUGGGUGCAUUGGCCUCUGUCGGGGUCUCCACGGGUGUUUUAAUAUCGUACGUGAUCGGCAGCAUGACAGCAUGGAACAUCCUAGCCGGCGUGAGCGCCAUCGUCCCCAUGCUGUCACUCCUCGGUAUGCUGCUGCUGCCAGAAACGCCCAACUACCUGCUGUCCCAUGGCAAGCGAGACCGCGCCGAGAGCUCGCUAGUGAAGCUGCGAGGGUCCACCUGCGACAUCGACGAGGAGAUACAGAGGAUGAUCACCUUCAAGGAGAAGAACCAUGUAGAACCGUUGUCGAGUGUGAAAGAUUACAUCAAGGCGCUGCUGUCCCCGUCUGCGUUGAAGCCGUUUGCUAUCCUGGCUGUGUACUUCUUCAUCUACCAGUGGUGCGGCGUCAACACCAUCACCUUCUUCGCCGUUGAAGUCUUUAGGGCCUCAGGCGCAACCAAGGAGAACCAAUAUUGGUUGACAAUAGCAAUGGGCAUAGUGCGGCUCAUAUUUACGGUGGUCGGGUGCAUACUGUGCCGGCGCUGCGGACGGCGGCCGCUUACAUUCGUCUCAGCGGUGGGCUGUGGCUCGACGAUGAUCGUACUGGCGGUCUACAUGUACUUCGUAGAGCAGUGGACGCAGGCCGGCGUCGCGCCGAUGUACGCCUGGAUCCCCGUGGCGGCCAUCUUCAUAUUCAUGAUAUCCUGUACCCUCGGGUACCUCAUCGUGCCUUGGAUCAUGAUUGGCGAGGUGUAUCCCACGCAGGUUCGUGGCAUAGUGGGGGGCAUGACGACGACAGCUGCCCAUCUCUCUGUAUUCUCUGUCGUCAAGACAUUCCCCUUCCUCAAGGAUGCGCUUAACUAUUAUGGCGCCUUCGCCGUUUACGGUGCCAUGUCUAUUGGUGGCAUAGCCUUCUUCUACAUAUUCCUACCUGAAACCAAAGGCCGUACACUACAGGAAAUCGAAGACUACUUCUGCGGCAGAACUAAAACUCUCAAGCAACCCAACAAGACAGAGGGCGCGUUAUCAACGUAGUACAAAUUUUCUAUUUUAAAUUGCAUUUCGUGCGUUUCAGUGAGACGUUUUGUAUGUUAUGUUGUCGAGGUAAGGAACUUUUCGUAGACUUGAUGUUUUUCUAUGCAUUUGAUAAACGAUUUAAAUGCUAAGAUAUUUAGCACAAAAGGUAUACUAUAUUUCAGUUAUUUAUUGUAAAAAAUCUAUCAAUAGUUGAAAUAUUUUAGAACUACAACUACGGAACCACUUAAUCUCAGAAAACAACAAUUUUAUAAAUACGUAUGAUCACGCUUUCUUUGUGAUGUACCUACAAUGUAAAGUAUGUUACCUACGUCAGUGACUCAGUAAAUAUUUUAAAUGAAUGCAUGUAUAAGUACGAAUGAAAGUUUCGCUCUACCUUUAACACAAAUGAAAAUAAAUGCCUUACAUACGUAAAGUACGUCUACUUAACCUUUAUAUUGUAGGUAAGGAUCGUGUAGAAAAUAAAGAGAUUUAAACUAAACAAGUAUUAUAAAAAAUAUUCCUACGUUUAAGUAGUCACUAGUCUACUGGUACAUCUUGUAUAGAGUUAGCAAAAAUGUGCCAUUAAACAAAUAAUUUAAGAUUUUGUUAUACUUACAGUGUGUAUUUGAUUUGAUAUGAACACUUGAAGUUUGUAGUUUUUGUCCUAUCCGAUUACAGCAAUGGCAGUUGUUGGAAUCAUCUAAAAAUUAUGGCUAAAUAUCAAAAUACACGCUGUAUAGUUAUUAGCGAGUUAUUUAAUUUUACACCAGUCCAUGCAGUGUACAGUAAAGAAUUAAGGAAUUCCCUCUUUAAUUAGGUAAAACAUUCAACAUUUAAAAUAAACUUGAAUAUUGCUUUUAUAUACCUCUUUUAAUUAAAGACAUUUUUGUGAAGGAAAGAAUCGUCAGCAGGCGCAUAUCGAAUAUUGGAAAAUUUUAAUAUGCUGAAGCUUGAAAAUGAUAUAGCUACUUAGAUGGAAAGUUAUUUCAGUUAAUAUUUCUCGAACAAGCCCAGUCAUAUUUUUUAAUUAGAUAUUUACUAUACUUAAGUAAUGCCAAAAAUAGAACAACUUUCCUACUCGUACAAAUUAAAAGUCAUUGUUCCUUGUUUUAUUCACCAGAACUUGAAAAUUAGUACUUACACCAUAAAUAUUACAUGUACAUGGUGCGUACAUUUUUAAUACAAGAAUACCUAUUCAGACACGGUGCUUAAAAUGUUGUUAGUAAAUGCAUUUUGUUGUAAAUAAGAGCUUCAAAAGUAUUUUGUGAUAACUAUACAAGUAUACAUAAUAGGUAGUUAAUUAAUUGUAAAUAAAUUAUUGUUAUAUUUAAAGAAC